AUGGAUUCGGUAUCUAGUUCCAAGGUUCACAAGAGGAGGCAUUCCAGGGAUGAUUCAAGAAUUGGCAGUGGGAAAGUGACACAACGGACAUACUAUGAGAGUAAGGGAGAAUCUUAUUCAGAAAGGGAUUCGCAUAGUAGAUAUGACCAUGAUGAUGGUACAAAGCGAAGGAGAUACGAAGAUUCCUGGAGAACACCUGUUAAUUCAUCUUCCCCCUGGGACCAUGUUUCUCCAUCUCUAGUCCCAAUACGUGCUUCUGGAUAUUCAGCCAAAUCUUCUGUUUCUAGACACAAUGAAAGGUUGAACCAGCUUAAUUCAUCAGAAACUUCAAAUACGUUUCAGGUUGAAAUGGCUGAUAAGUCUGAAUUGGGUGAAGAACACAAGUAUGGGAUUACAGAAAACAUGCGUUUGGAGAUGGAUUAUGAUGCUGACCGAGCAUGGUAUGACAGAGAGGAAGGUAGCACAUUGUUUGAAGACGACAGCUCAUCACUUUUUCUUGGAAAUGAAGCUUCCUGUCAGAAAAAAGAGGCUGAGUUAGCAAAGAGACUGGUUAGAAGAGAUGGAACCGGUAUGUCCCUUGCGCAGAGCAAGAAGUUGUCCCAGCUCACAGCUGAUAAUGCUCGAUGGGACGAUAGGCAACUGCUUAGAUCUGGAGCUGUUAGAGGUACAGAGGUUCAGACUGAAUUUGAUGAUGAGGAAGAGCACAAAGUUGUUCUACUUGUUCAUGAUACAAAGCCUCCUUUCCUUGAUGGCGGAGUUGUCUUUACUAAGCAGGCUGACCCAAUUAUGCCUAUAAAAGAUCCAACAUCUGACAUGGCUAUAAUAUCUCGUACAAGGUCUACUCUGGUUAGAGAAAUCCAUGAGAAGCAGAGUAUGAACAAGUCUCGCCAACGCUUUUGGGAACUUGCAGGCUCAAAACUUGGUGAUAUCUUGGGUGUUGAGAAAACAGCAGAGCAGAUUGAUGUAGACACUGCUGAAGUGGGUGAAGAUGGUGAAAUUGAUUAUAAGGAUGAAACUAAGUUUUCACAGCAUUUGAAGAAGGCAGAAGCUGUGAGUGACUUUGCCACGUCAAAAACUAUUGCAGAGCAAAGACAAUAUCUCCCUAUAUUUUCAGUGAGGGAAGAGUUAUUAAAGGUGGUUCGGGAAAAUCAGGUGGUGGUGGUGCUUGGAGAAACUGGGUCAGGAAAGACAACUCAAUUAACACAGUAUCUGCAUGAGGAUGGUUAUACCGUAGGUGGUAUAGUGGGUUGUACCCAACCAAGACGUGUAGCAGCUAUGAGUGUUGCCAAGAGAGUUAGUGAAGAGAUGGAUACAGAGUUGGGUGAUAAAGUUGGCUAUGCUAUACGUUUUGAAGAUGUAACCGGGCCAAGUACCAUUAUAAAGUACAUGACUGAUGGUGUACUUCUACGAGAAACACUCAAAGACUCUGAUCUAGACAAAUAUAGGGUUAUUGUCAUGGAUGAAGCUCAUGAAAGAUCAUUAAAUACUGAUAUUCUUUUUGGAAUAUUGAAGAAAGUUGUAGCCCAACGCCGUGAUUUCAAGCUUAUUGUCACAUCUGCUACUCUGAAUGCACAGAAAUUUUCAAAUUUCUUUGGAAGUUGUCCAAUUUUUCACAUUCCUGGGAGAACAUUUCCCGUGAAAAUAUUGUGGAGUAAAACUCCAGUCGAAGAUUACGUAGAAGGUGCAGUGAAGCAGGCUAUGACUAUUCAUAUAACCAGUCCUCCUGGUGACAUCCUUAUCUUCAUGACUGGCCAGGAUGAGAUUGAGGCAGCUUGCCAUGCCCUUGCAGAAAGAAUGGAGCAGAUGAUGUCGUCGUCAAAUAAACUUGUUCCUAAACUCUUGAUUCUUCCCAUAUACUCUCAGCUUCCUUCCGACUUGCAAGCUAAGAUAUUUCAGAAAGCUGAAGAUGGAGCGCGAAAAUGUAUUAUAGCCACUAAUAUUGCCGAGACAUCAUUAACUGUUGAUGGUAUCUUCUAUGUGAUAGACUCUGGCUAUGGUAAAAUGAAGGUGUAUAACUCUAGGAUGGGCAUGGACGCUCUCCAGGUCUUCCCUGUAAGCCGAGCUGCUGCUGAACGUGCUGGUCGAGCUGGUAGAACCGGCCCUGGUACAUGCUAUAGGUUGUAUACUGAGAGUGCUUACUUGAAUGAAAUGCUGCCAAGUCCUGUUCCAGAGAUUCAGAGGACUAACCUUGGUAAUGUUGUCCUGUUGCUGAAAUCUCUGAAAGUUGAAAAUCUACUUGAUUUUGAUUUCAUGGAUCCACCUCCGCAAGAUAAUAUUCUGAAUUCGAUGUACCAGUUGUGGGUGCUGGGUGCACUUAACAAUGUGGGGGGAUUAACUGAUCUUGGAUGGAAAAUGGUUGAAUUCCCACUGGAUCCUCCGCUUGCGAAGAUGCUUUUGACGGGUAAACUGUUGGGGUGUGUUGAGGAGGUUUUGACAAUUGUGUCCAUGCUUUCAGUGCCCUCUGUUUUCUUUAGACCCAAGGAUUGGGCAGAGGAGAGUGACGCCGCACGGGAGAGAUUUUUGGUGCCGGAGUCCGAUCAUUUAACCCUGUACAAUGUUUAUCAGCAGUGGAAACAGCAUGAUUACAGAGGUGAUUGGUGCAAUGAUCAUUUCUUGCAUGUGAAAGGUCUAAGAAAGGCUAGAGAGGUGAGAUCCCAGUUGUUGGAUAUUCUGAAGACUUUAAAGAUCCCCUUAACCUCAUGUUGGCCUGACACAGACAUUGUUAGAAAAGCAAUUUGUUCUGCAUAUUUUCAGAAUGCAGCAAGGUUAAAGGGCGUGGGAGAGUAUGUUAACUGCAGGAAUGGGAUGCCAUGUCAUCUUCAUCCCAGUAGUGCUCUCUAUGGUAUGGGAUGCACUCCUGAGUAUGUGGUUUAUCACGAGUUAGUAUUGACCACAAAGGAGUACAUGCAGUGUGCCACCGCAGUGGAACCCCAGUGGCUGGCUGAGUUGGGACCUAUGUUUUUCUCUGUUAAGGAGUCUGAUAUAUCGUUACUGGAGCAUAAGAAGAGACAGAAAGAAGAGAAAACAGCCAUGGAGGAGGAGAUGGAGAACUUGAAGAAGGUACAAGCAGAGGUCGAGAGAGAAAGGAAACAGAAGGAGAAGGAAAGGACAGCUAAGCAUCAGCAGCAGAUCUCCAUGCCAGGUUUACGAAAGGGUUCUUCCACAUUUUUUAGACCAAAGAAGUUUGGUUUGUAAGUUAUGUUGAUAAUACCAAAAUUGCACAGGAAAAUGUUUUUCAGAAACCACUUACACCGGUUAACAACCUAUUUAUAGUAUUAUGAUUUUUGUACUUGUAAAGAAAAACAAAGAUAGAAGACUAAUAGAAUAGAUGUAAAGUCUAAAGUCGAGUCUGUAU